AUGGUCUCAUUCCCUUCCCGGAAUUUGAGGAUCGUCAUGGUCAACUCACCGCCGAUCCUCAAUUCGCCCCCUAUCGCGCCGAAUGGGACGCGUAUCGCAAGCACCUGGUCGAACUCGAAAGGGAUGGACCUCUCCCACCGGUAAGUUUUCAUUUACAUACUGAUCGCUUGCUGCAUUGCAGACCUUCUGAUGAUGUCUGUGGCACCUUCACAGCCGCCUCUGAAGCCGUGCCGAGAGGAGUCGGGCGCACGGGCCGCCGCGAAUGAGGUCACCAUGCUCGACCUGACCUCGUCGCCUCCAAAAAAAUCGCCAACAAAGCGAAUCCCUCAAGCCCUCUCUCGACAUACAAAGGGCUCGACUUCAGCCUCGACCUCGUCUCAAAAGGCUAAGCCCAAGCCUCAAAAGCUUGGACCGCGCGGCGACUACCGCGCAGAUUGUCAAGGUCCUUGACUAUCAAAAACGGCACAAGUUGACGCUCACGGCCACCGUCAAGUAUUUCAACAACUCGCCAAACCACUGAGACAUGCCGAUCUUGAGCCAGCCAAAGCUCACGCAAUGGCGCAAAACGGAAGACGAGCAUCGCGCCCUUCUCGAAAGCGGUCAAGGAAGCAUGAGGCGCAACAACAGCGUCAUGCACCCGAACCUGGAAAAGGCGCUGGCAAUCUGGUGUACUCAAGCUCUCGAGCAGAACACCACCAUCAUUACCGAUGUAUUGCGCCUGAAAGGUCAACAACUUGCCGACAAACUCGAGAUUCGGGAUUUCGCCUUUUCGAACGGCUGGCUUCAGGGCUUUAAGAUAAGGUACUCGCGUGAUUCUUGUUCCAGUCAGCCGUUCUACAUUGUCUGGAUUUCCUCUUUGUGAAUCUAGACACAAUCUUCGCUCUUAAAAGUUCCAUGGCGAAGGCGAGAAGGUCGAUGCGAAAACGCGCGAAGAGGAGCGCAAAAGAGUCGUCGAUCUUACGAACAAGUACGACCCAAGUGAUAUCUUCAACAUGGACGAAACCGGUCUCUUCUACGCUAUGCGUCCGUCUACGGGCCUUGCUCGGAACGGUCGAAAUGGUGUCAAGAUGAAUAAGACUCGCAUCACCUUCGCUUUCACGGUCAACGCCAACGGAUCGGAACGGCUCCCUCCCUUCAUCAUUGGUAGCACGGCGAAGCCUCGUAGCUUCAACAAAAAACCACCCAGCUACUACAAUCAUUACUAUCGAUCGAACAAGAAGGCGUGGAUGACUGGCGAACUUUACGUUGAAUGGUUGAAAGCCCGGGAUCUCGAGCUUCGCAGCAAGGGCCGAAAAGUGCAACUCUGGCUCGAUGUCUUCUCGGGACACACGAGGGAUGUUGAUUCCUUCACCAACAUCGAAGUUCAUUACUUUGCACUCAAUAUGACGUAA